AUGACAUUGAAAUUAGCAGGCAAGGUUGCUGUAGUGACAGCUUCAACAGAAGGAAUUGGUUUUGCUAUUGCCCGCCGCCUAGCCCAGGAUGGAGCCAAAGUGAUGCUCAGCAGCCGUAAGCAGCAGAAUGUGGAUAAAGCCGUGAAAGAGCUGAGAGCGGAAAAUCUGAACGUUGAUGGGAUUGUUUGUCACGUGGCCAAGAAGGAAGAUCGGAAGCUUUUAUUCCAGAAGACAGUGAGUACCUUUGGUGGCAUUGAUAUUUUGGUGUCAAAUGCUGCGGUCAGCACGUACUUCGGGCCUACACUACAGUUCAAUGCUCCAAAUUAUAAAAGUUUAGAGUUGUUGUGUACCAUAUUAAUUCUGAUUCAUGGUGGAUCGUUAGUUUUAAUAUCUUCCAUUGCCGGAUAUGUCCCUUUUGAU